AUGCAUCCAGCAUCAAGUUCUAGAUCAUUCUGGACUCGUUUGGAUCUAUGGAUCAAUCAAUGCCUGUCUGCUUUGAUCACAGCCUUCAAUCAGACUAUUAUUCGAUCUGACGGCGUAUUUACCCACACGUCUUAUAGGGAUGAUGAGCCUAGGAAAGCUACAUACCGACAUACGACACAUGGCUGGGCUGGGCUGGGAUUGACUAGGUUUCCUUUGAUCAUGCUACUACCACUUUUUCUCCAUUCUUUACCUCUUUGCCGUUUCCUUUCGAUUUUGUUUUUUUUUCCCCCACCCAUUCUUGCUAUAGACCCCUUUUUCUCCCUCUCACCUUCUACAACCCCUUUUCAUAUAUCAACUUCUUGUCUUACUACUGCUCCCCUUCUUUUCUUCAGCAUGUGGAGUGGUUUGAAAUCCGUGGAUUGA